AUGUAUUUGGAAACUUGUGAGAUAUUUACUCAUUCGAAGAGAUGAACUGUUCCAAGGAAUUCCCGACAACUGACGUCCUCUAUAGAUUACUUUCGUCCGAUACAACUGUUCUUGUUCUGACAGCCAUAGACAUUGUCAUCACUUGUAUCACGAUCGGUCUGUUUGCGGAGGAGUUAUGGUUCCUGUUCCACCAUUGUCACGAGGCUUCCAAGCGAACAAAGACUAUCUUAUUGUUAGCACUUUAUCCAAUUGUGUCGUUUGCCUCAUUGUUAUCUAUUUUGGUUCCGACUUCGACUUUGAUCGGCGAGUUUGUAUCUAGUAUAUAUUUGUCAUUUUGCAUCUUCAUCUUCGUAAAUUUGGUAAUAGAAUAUUUCGGGGGAUUGAAGAAGAUGCUUUGUGAAUACACAGAUGAAAUGAUUUCCUUCAGGACCGGACCUUUAUGUUGUUGUUGUUUUUGUUUGAAAUCCUAUCCUUUCACAAGACGUUCGAUGACGGUAGUUAAGGGAUUAGUGUUGCAGGUAGCCAUCCUGCGACCUUUGUUAUUGUUCAUACUUUCAGUUUUAUGGUCAGAUGGAAAGUACUCUCUUCAGCAACAAACGGACUUUACCAACCCAGCUUCAUAUUUCAAUCUUGUGAAUACUGCAUCAACACUGUUAGCGAUUUACGGAUUGAUGAUAACAUUUCGAGCUACCAGAGAGAAGCUUAGGACAUAUCGCCUGACACUCAAGUUUAUUUCCCUACAAGGAACUUUAAUAUUUAUGAAUAUCCAAAGCUUCAUCACAGGAUUUCUUGGUAGAGCAGGUAUUCCAGAAUGCUCCAAUACCAUUGGAUCGCCAGUAAGAGCCUCACGAGUGAAUCAUUUUCUGCUGAUAAUGGAGAUGUUCCUCUUCUCUUUGUUGGCACGUUUUGCCUACCGCACUACUGAAGAAAUUUACUGUAAUGAUGAAGAGGACGGAGCUAAUAGGGACAAUACUGGGGCUACGGGCGCUGUCGCGAGUGAGAACGGAAACGGUGGUGUGGACACAAAGCUCAACGAUGUAAAUAUAAUAGAAAGUGCAGAACUGAACAAGACACAUAUGUGA